AUGAACGGCCAGCCAAUCCCCGGCUACUACUGGGAUGCCGAGAAGAAAAAAUAUUUCAAGAUCCAGAGCCAGGCAGCGGCACGUGGCUUCAACCUCAAGUACUCGCUCGACAACAUCCGAAAGGAAGAGCGCAAAGAACGCAUCCAAAAGGUGGCAGCGGCGCGGUCGGACAAGGUGCGGAAAGAAAGAGUUGUGCGGCGCAAUGCAAACAGCCUGUCACAGACCAACAUUGAACGGGAAAUCGGGCUGAGGAGACGCUCAUUCUAUCUGCACAGCCUAUGGCCAGAUGCUUGUGCGUUGGGCAUUGAUGUCCGUCCCAGACACGUCAUUGACAAGCAACCAUGUCGUGGGUCGAUACGGGUCUUUGACAGAGACCCAGUGUCUCGCACCAUCUAUGCAGUCCAGGGAUCCAACAGCGUCAACAUGCAGCGCACACGUCCGGGAGAACACGAUGCUACAAUGGAAAUCGAUGCAGGCAAUGACCACGACACACGGCUCGCCAAGCCAUAUGCAUUCUACCCGUGGGACGAGGUGACUCGCACGACAUCGACAGUCUCGUCGCUGACCUACAUGCCAACUACCGGUGCGCUGGCUGUGACUAGCUACGGCUCAGACCGGCCUCCUGAAUUGUGGCUCAGUGAUCCCGAGCGCGACCAGCCAUACGUAGGCCAAAAGUUCACACCAAGAGACUGCACUGCCAUCUGGGCAGCAGCCGCCCGGCCAUGCACCUUCACGCCAUCGCCCGGCCUCACAAACACCAUUGCAGCCACCUACGCCGAGCACCUCGCCGUUGCAGCCUCCAGCUCCCUGCUGCUCUUCACGCGGGACCAAAGCCGAGCCUGGGACUCUCACGUAGCGCUCAAAUCGUUGCCGUCAGACAUCCUAGCGCUCGACUGGCUCUCGUACACGACCGUCUCUCUCGGGUGCCGCGACGGCUCCAUCCGGCUGUACGACACGCGCUCGGGCGGCUCAAGCCACGUGCUCACGCAUCCGUACCCCAUCUCGAGGCUCAAGCGCGCAGACGCCGAGUCCCGUCUCGUGUGCUCGGGUCUGCAAGAUAGCCUGUUUUUGUACGAUAUACGCUCACCCCGGCUCUCGCCCUCGUCGUCAUUACGUAAUGCGACGUCGCACUACACGCCCGACUACUUCAAGACGCUGUAUCCAGGCGGCCGGGCAACGGGGAAGCGACGGAAACUCAAUCGCCACGCUGUGCGAAGCUGGUCGCAGCCGCUACUUAGCUUUGCGCAUGCGAACCGCGACGAGUUGGAGUUGGAUGUGGCUGUGCAUGCGCAGCUGGGCUUAGUAGCAGCCGCGCAGGAUGUGUCGACGGGCGCGGCGAUUCGCGUGAGCAACAUGUGGACGGGCAAGACGGUGCGGGAAAUGCUAGUUCCCGGGGAGCAGCAUCAGCAUCAGCAGCGGGGGCCGCAAAAGGGGGGGUGGGAGAAGGAGAGGAGUAUUCGGGCGCUGAAGUUUGUCGAGGGGCGGCAUGGUGCGGGGGUGGAGCUGUGGUCGUGCUGGGAGGGGGGGAUAGCAAAGUUUAGUUUGUGA